GGUGUUGUCAGUGUCAGUUCUGCGCACGCAGCCCUCCCGGAGCCGGUGCCGGCCCGCGAGCCCCGGUAUCUCUGCAGGCUGGUCCCUGCCCGGGUCCGGCGGGGCCCCACGCCGUGGGAGGAAUCGGGUGAUAGCUGGAACCUAGCUGGGGUCACACCGCCGGUGUUAGGGAUCCAGAUCUCUGGCUACGGAGACAGAGCUCGAGCGUCGCGACCCCGGAGGACCUCUUCUCCAUCCGUGGCACCCACUGGUCCUGGAAUCUCGGCGGCGCCGGAGAGCCCCGGAGCCCGCGCGCUCAGCCCCGGGGGAGCUCGCCCACGCCCCACGGUCCAUCCGGGCCAUGCUCCCCCGGGGCAGCGGCUGAACCCGAGCCGGGACCCGAGCCCGCGGGAGCAUGGAUCCGGACUGGGGGCAGCGGGAUGUGGGCUGGGCGGCCCUGCUGGUUCUCUUCGCCGCCUCGCUGAUCACGGUAUUGGGCUGGAUGCUGCAGUAUGCCCGGGGUUUGUGGCUGUCGCGAGCCGAUGGGGGCCGAGACUCCCGACCUGCCUCAGCUGCUGAGCCCGGGGGUUCACUGCGCGAGCUGGGUGUGUGGCGUUCGCUGCUGCGUUUGCGGGCGACCCGGACCAGCACCCCCGAGGAAGCCGGCGUACGGGGCCUCCUGGCUUCGCUCUUUGCCUUCAAGUCUUUCCGGGAGAACUGGCAACGGGCUUGGGUGCGAGCCUUGAAUGAGCAGGCCUGCAGGGACGGGAGCUCCAUCCAAAUCGCCUUUGAAGAGAUACCCCAACUCCCACCAAGAGCCAGCAUCAGUCAUGUGACCUGCGUUGACCAAUCAGAGCGCACCAUGGUGCUGCAUUGCCAGCUCUCUGCUGAGGAGGUGCGCUUCCCCAUCUCUGUGACCCAGCAGUCCCCCGCUGCCGUCUCCAUGGAGACCUACCACGUCACUCUGACACUGCCACCAACACAGUUGGAAGUCAGCCUGGAGGAAAUCCCUGAUGAGGGGCUCCUGGUGUCCUGGGCCUUCACUGACCGCCCAGAACUCAGCCUAAAGGUGCUUCCCAAGUUGCAGACUAGGGAGAGAGAUGAGGAACAACCAGAGCUCUCAACAGUUGAGGAACUGAUCAAGGACGCUAUAGUCAGCACUCAGCCCGCCAUGAUGGUCAACCUCAGGGCCUGCUCUGCCCCAGGAGGCCUGGUACCCAGUGAGAAGCCACCCACGAUGUCCCAGGCCCAGCCAUCCAUCCCCAGACCUACCCGAUUAUUCUUACGGCAGCUUCGAGCAUCUCACCUGGGAAGUGAGCUAGGAGGUACUGAGGAACUGUGCUGUGCCGCUGAGCUUGACAACCCCAUGCAACAAAAGUGGACCAAACCCAUGAGGGCGGGCCCCGAGGUGGAAUGGACCGAGGACCUAGCUCUGGAUCUGGGUCCCCAGAGCCGGGAGCUGACCCUCAAAGUGCUCCGGAGCAGCAGCUGUGGAGAUGCUGAACUCCUUGGCCAAGCCACACUGCCUGUGGGCUCACCCUCUAGACCGAUGUCACGAAGACAGGUGUGCCCACUGACUCCAGGGCCCGGGAAAUCCCUGAGCCCGGCAGCCACCGUGACAGCGGAGCUACAUUAUGAGCAGGGUUCCCCUCGGAAUCUGGGCACGCCCACCUCCUCCACCCCUCGCCCCAGCAUCACACCCACCAAGAAGAUUGAGUUGGACCGGACCAUCAUGCCCGACGGCACAGUCGUCACCACUGUCACUACCGUCCAGUCCCGCCCCCGUGUAGAUGGCAAACUAGACUCCCCCUCCCGCUCCCCGUCCAAGGUGGAGGUGACUGAGAAGAUGACAACCGUGCUGAGUGAGAGCAGCGGCCCCAGCAAUGCCUCCCACAGCAGCAGCCCAGGGGAGAGCCACCUUUCCAAUGGCUUGGAUCCAGUAGCAGAGACAGCCAUUCGCCAGCUGACUGAGCCCAGUGGGCGGGCAGCCAAGAAGACACCCACCAAGAGGAGCACGCUCAUCAUCUCUGGUGUUUCCAAGGUGCCCAUCGCCCAGGACGAGUUGGCUCUCUCCUUGGGUUACGCGGCAUCUCUGGAAGCCUCGAUGCAAGAUGAUGCAGGAACCAGUGGUGGUCCUUCGUCACCUCCCUCAGACCCCUCAGCCACAUCCCCAGGACCUGUUGAUGCCCUCUCCAGUCCCACAAGUGUCCAGGAGGCAGAUGAGACAACACGUUCAGACAUCUCUGAGAGGCCGUCUGUGGAUGAUGUUGAGUCAGAAACAGGGUCCACUGGUGCCCUGGAGACCAGAAGCCUCAAGGAUCACAAAGUGAGUUUCCUGCGCAGUGGCACAAAGCUCAUCUUCCGCCGGAGGCCCCGACAGAAGGAAGCUGGUCUGAGCCAGUCACACGAUGACCUGUCCAACACGACGGCCACACCUAGCGUCCGGAAGAAGGCUGGCAGCUUUUCCCGUCGCCUUAUCAAGCGUUUUUCCUUCAAAUCCAAACCCAAGGCCAAUGGCAACCCUAGCCCCCAGCUCUGAAAGCCCCCGAGCUAGGAGAGAUCAAGAGUUCUCUUAGUCUGUCCCCCACAUCCCCUUCUGUACCCCUUCCUGGAUCCCCACUGCUGGGGCCAGGAAAGCCCUCGGGUUAUAGGGAGCCCCAGCACACUGGGCUGUGGGGUGAGCGGGAAGGGUGUCUGACAUGGGAGGCAUCUGGGAGGCAACAGUUGUUGCGUGAGCGUAGAGGAGAGUUUGGCAGCUGAGAGUCAGGGGCAAGCUCUGUCUUGGGCGUGUGGACACUCAUCAGAAGCCUCUGCUGGUACUGCCGCCAGAGGGGAGCCCAGAGUACUCUCUCAUCAGCAGGUCCUUCUCCCUUAUUUAUUCUCGUUUCUAUUUAUAUGUGUGGUCUAGAACCCUUGGCAAACAGAUGAUAGAGGGCAUCUCUCCCAGGUGACCCUUUUCUGUCCCAGGAGGGUAAGGCAAUUCCCAGGACGGGUUUCUACCCCUCCCUUGGGAGUCCUCUCUUAGACCAGCACCAAUGUCUGCCUUCAGAAGACAUUGGCAGAUCACAGGAAGCCGGGCUAGGGCCCGGGAUGGGGGGCAGGCACUCCCCACCUCCCUACCUCCCACAUCGCUCCUUGUCUCUCCUUCCCCUUUAUUACCAUUUUGUACUUGAUGCCUUCUCCAUGAGCAGUGGCUCAGUUGGAAGGAGGGAGCCAGGAAGCUGGGAGGAAGCCUUCCCUAGAGAGCCAGCUUUAGGAGUUUUAAAGACAGUACGAUCAUAGAGCAAGGUUGCACCUCUGUAUGUUGGGAGAUGAUGAUGUCCAUUGCUGUGUGAUGGCCUGGAAUUUAAUUUAUUUAAUUAAAAUCAAAUUGGAGUUUAUAAACGGGAGUGGCUGGUUAUCCUUUGAAAAGCAAACAGGCCUAAAGGCUGUGGUGUUGAUAGAGUGGGCAGGCGGGCUCACUGACUAUGACCUAGGCAGUCAGGUGGCACAGGUGCCCUUGAACACAGAUACAAGUAGAGAGGUUUGAGUGAUGAUACUCUGAAAAGUCAAGUUGCUGCAAAGAAGCCACCCCUCCCCCACAGGCUGUUCUUUCUGGGCUGUAACACGAUUUAGAGUGUGGACUCUGAGGCUGCACUGUUCUGACCUGAGACCCAGCUCCACUGACCUUUGUGACCUUUGUUACCUUUGUGACCGUGGACAAAUAUGGGGCCUCAGUUGUUUUGGUUUGUUUUUGAUCCAGAGCCUCACCUAUGUUGUCCUAGCUGGCUUAGAACUCCUUAAGUAGACCAGGUUGGCCUUGAACUCAGAGAUAGCCUGGUUUCUUCCUCCUGAGUGCUAGGACACCACACCUGGUUGUGUACUCAGUUUUUUUCUUCUGUCAAAUGGGGGCUAGGGACUGGGGAUGUAGCUCAAAGGUAGAGUUCUGCCUUAGCAUACCCAAAGCCCUGGGGUUUGUCUCUAGCAAUAUUUCAUAGAGAGGAUGAAGCCAGGUGUGGUGGCUAACACAAACCUUUAAUUUCAGUACCUGGGAACUCUGUGAGUUUCAGGCUAGUCAGGACUAUAUAGUGAGACCCUGUCCAAAACAAACAAACAAACAAAAGCACUAUUCCUAACAUAGGUGAGUUUUAGAUACCUACAGAUAUGUCUCUGUUUCCUGUCCUUUGGGAUAUUACACAGGAUUGAACCAGGUAAGCUGCUAUAGGAGGUUAGGCAAAAUGCAGGACCAAUAGGCAGGAAACUAAGUGUGCCACCAAUAUCUCUAUCUGGCCCAAGCUGCUACUCUUUCUGGACUCCAGUUUCUUCACCUCUAAAAUAAAUGAAAGUGGCCUGGGAUAAUCAGGUCAUUUCUGAACUCC